CCAUUAAUCUAAGCAAAAGCAAGCUCCAAGAUUGAAAUCUUCCAAUUCCCAAUCAAUACAUAACCAAGAAGAUGCCACCAACAGGCACAGCAGCAUUAAUAACAUGGCUGUUGAUCUCCGCAUUCGUAACUUUCUCCGUCGCGGCCUCCGAUGAUGCGGUUCUCGACACAGAAGGCCAGCCGCUGCGCCCGGGCGUCAACUACUACACAGUGGCGGCCGAGCAGGGCAACGGCGGUGGCCUGAAACUAGGCAGCACCGCCUCCUGCCCCCCGGAAGUGGUGCAAGACCCAGACGAGGCCAACAAUGGCCUCCCUCUGUCCUUCUCUCCAGUUGACCCCAACCAAACAGUGGUUCCCCUGUACAAGGAGAACAACAUCAAAUUCUCCGCCGCCACUGUCUGCGCUCAAUCCACGGUGUGGAGGCUUGGCUCGGAUGAAUCCACGGGAGAGCGGUUGGUGAGGACCGGUGGGGAGGAAGGAAACCCUGGGAAAGACACGUUGGGGAACUGGUUCAAUAUUGUGGAUGAUGGGGAUGCUUACAAGCUUGUUUACUGCCCCACCGUGUGCAGUUUCUGCAGACCUAAUUGUGGAGAGCUCGGCAUUUUCGAGAGCAACGAUGGAACCAGGCAUCUGGCCAUCAGCGAGGUGCCCAUCAAAGUGGUCUUCAAGAAGGCCGACUAGCCUAGCUAGUCCUCCCAUGAAUAUACGUACGUACGGCCACUGAUUGAUAAUUAAUAAAGCACCACACCCCCCGUUGGUGCAUGCAAUUAAUUAAUACAUCAUAUAUAUAUAUAUAUUGGAAUAAUUUACAUCUUUUAAUGUUUAAA